AGGUAAGCUUCAGGAGACAGAUCUUCACAGGAAGCAUCAUUCCAAGUACGUGUCAGAAAAAAAAUAUUUAACUCAAGAUUAUUCAAUCAAAUCAUCUCAGUGGAUUGUAUACCGAGUUGAAGAAAUAGCAACUUCUGAACCGGUCUGAACAAUGGAGGCUGUGCUAGAAAAGUCACCUCAGAAAAGGCAAGUUAUUUUUCUUGCUAUGUUAUUGUUUUUGUGGGAGGCUGACUCUGAGGCAAUUAGGUAUUCCGUGCCAGAAGAAACAGAAAGUGGUUACUCUGUGGCCAACCUGGCAAAAGAUCUGGGGCUCAGGGUGGGGGAGCUGGCCACUCGGGGUGCGCGAAUCCAUCACAAAGGCAGCAAACAGCUCCUGCAGCUCGAUGUAAAGACUGGCGACUUGCUUCCACAGGGAAAACUAGACCGGGAGGUGCUGUGUGGGGCGGUAGAACCCUGUAUAUUGCGUUUCCAAUUGUUACUAGAACACCCGGUGCAGUUGUUUCAAGUUGAUGUGCAACUCACAGAUGUAAAUGACCAUUCUCCAGAAUUCCUGGACAGGGAACUGCUCCUUAGAAUCCCAGAGAGCGCCCAGCUAGGGACUGUGUUUGCUUUGAAAUCAGCUCAGGACUUGGACAUGGGUAGUAACAGUGUUCAGAACUACACGAUCAGCCCCAACUCCAAUUUUCGUGUUGUUACUCACAAUCGUGGAGAUGGCAGAAAAUACCCAGAGCUGGUGUUGGGCAAAGCUCUGGACAGGGAGGAACAGCCUGAGCUCAUUUUAACCCUCACAGCACUGGAUGGUGGAGUGCCACCCAGGUCUGGUACAGUCACAGUACGCAUUGAAGUGGUAGACAUCAAUGAUAACGCACCUGAAUUUUUACAGUCACUGUAUGAAGUACAGGUUCCUGAGAACACUCCCAUAAACUCCUUAGUUCUCAUUGUCUCUGCUCGAGAUUUAGAUGCAGGAACAUAUGGGAGUGUAGCCUACUCUUUCUUCGAAAGGGAUGAAAAUUCUCAACCAUUUGUAAUAGACGAAAUAACAGGAGAAAUUCGUCUGCAAAGGGCAUUGGAUUUUGAGGCAACACAACAUUAUAACGUGGAAAUUGUAGCCACAGACAGUGGGGGCUUUUCAGGAAAAUGCACUGUGGCCAUAGAAGUGGCGGAUGUGAAUGACAAUGCUCCUGAACUGACCAUGUCAACGCUCAGCAGCUCUAUCCCAGAAAACUCCCCUGAGACUAUAGUUGCCAUUUUCAGCGUUUCUGAUCCAGACUCUGGGGACAAUGGUAGGAUGGUUUGCUCCAUACAAAACGAUCUCCCCUUCCUCUUGAAGCCCACAUUUGAGAACUUUUACACCUUGGUGACAGAGGGCCCCCUGGACAGAGAGAGCAGAGCCCAGUACAACAUCACCAUCACAGUCACCGACUUGGGGACACCCAGGCUGGAAACCGAGCACAGCAUAACCGUCCUGGUCUCCGACGUCAACGACAACGCCCCUGCCUUCUCGCAGACGUCCUACACGCUGUCGGUGCGCGAGAACAACAGCCCCGCCCUGCACAUAGGCGGCGUCAGCGCCACAGACAGAGACUCAGGCAGCAACGCCCAGCUGACCUACUCGCUGCUGCCGCCCCAGGACCCGCACCUGCCCCUCGCCUCGCUGGUCUCCAUCAACGCGGACAACGGGCAGCUGUUCGCGCUGAGGGCGCUGGACUUCGAGGCCCUGCAGGCGUUCGAGUUCCGCGUGGGCGCCACAGACCACGGCUCGCCGGCUCUGAGCAGCCAGGCGCUGGUGCGCGUCGUGGUGCUGGACGACAACGACAACUCGCCCUUCGUGCUCUACCCGCUGCAGAACGCCUCUGCGCCCUGCACCGAGCUGGUGCCCAGGGCGGCAGAGCCGGGCUACCUGGUCACCAAGGUGGUGGCGGUGGACGGAGACUCGGGCCAGAACGCCUGGCUGUCGUUCCAGCUGCUCAAGGCCACGGAGCCCGGGCUGUUUGGCGUGUGGGCGCACAAUGGCGAGGUGCGCACCGCCAGGCUGCUGAGCGAGCGCGACGCGGCCAGGCACAGGCUGGUGGUGCUGGUCAAGGACAAUGGCGAGCCGCCGCUGUCUGCCAGCGUCACGCUGCACGUGCUGCUGGUGGAUGGCUUCUCGCAGCCCUACCUGCCGCUGCCGGAAGUGGCGCCCGAUCGCGCGCAGGCCGACUCGCUGACAGUCUACUUGGUCAUCGCCUUGGCCUCGGUGUCGUCGCUCUUCCUCUUUUCGGUGCUGGUGUUUGUGGCGGUGAGGCUGUGCAGGAGGAGCAGGGCUGCGCCGCUGGGUGUGUGCUCUGUGCCUGAGGGCCACUUUCCUAGCCACCUGGUGGAUGUCAGUGGCACUGGGACCCUGUCCCAGAGCUACCAGUAUGAGGUGUGUUUGAUGGGAGACUCUGGGACUAGUGACUUCAAGUUCCUGAAGCCAGUAUUUCCAAUCUUACCUCCUCAGAGCACUAGAGAAGAAACACCGUAAAAUACUCACUUUCUGUAGUACUUUGGAAUCUAUUAGACAUCUGAUUGUUUUUUUGGUGUUCUCUAUCAUUACCCAUCAUUCAGAUUAAGAGUUUGAGUAGGUCAUGGAGGAAAUUUUCACCUUCAGAUAUAGCUUUGAUUUGCCAUCUGUAAUGAUUUGUUAGCUGACGUUUAUCUCAUCUGAUUUGGGGAAAAUCAAGUUUAUUUUAUUGAAUUUAUUUACUGCCAUUCCAUCUUUGUGUAUGGGUUUAUUUUUCCUGAGAUGAUUUUUCCUCUUUUUUAUAUUUUUCAUGAUAACCUGUCUUAAUCAAUUCAACUAUUAAAUGUAUUUUUCAUAUAUCCUACUCAUUCUGCUUCACCCUAGUCAAAGGAUUUUUUAUGCUAAAUUGAAAAACAUUUUAUUUUAUUCAUUUUGAUUGUUUUCAAAGACAUAUGUAUGCUAGUGAGUUCAGUAUGUGAGAAAACAUAAUAGAAUGCAACAAUAUCUACUCUUCUUUUCCAACUUUGUGCCCCAUUGGCUAAAAUUUUUUGCUAAAAAUUUAAUUGCAGUAUAGCAUAUUAAAGGAGACAAUAUUCAGUUCAAUGUAUUUUCACAUCACAAAUAUAGUUAGCACCAGCAACGUGAGAAAAUGAAAAAAAUUCGUUUUGCACUCUAUGCAAAUUACUCCUUAUAAUCACUUCUAACCCAAGUAUAAACCAAUAUGAUGACUUUCCAUAGCAUAGUUUUGCCUCAUUUGAAUUUAUAUAAAUGGAAUAAUAGAGCAUGAACUACUUUUGUCUAGUUGCUUUUACUCAAAAUUUAUGAAAUUUGUUCCUAUUGCUGCUGUUAAUUAUUUCCUUUUCAUUGCUGUAUUGUAGUUCACUCUAUGAGUAUAUCAAAAUUUAUUAAAUAUCCUCUAGACAUAUGGGUUGGUGCAACUUUUGACUAUUAUGAAUAACACUGCUUUGAAUGUUCUCCUACAUGUCUUUUGACAAGAUGAAUAUACACAGUUCUUUUGGACAUGUGUACUAAGGGGUAGAAUUGCUGCUUAUUUAGUCAGUACAUAUUCACUGUUAGUAGAUAUUUCAGAAUAAUUUCCCAAAGUGAUUUUGCCAUUUAUACUAUCUGCAACAUCUGGAUGAACCCAUUUAUUCACAUUUUUGCCAACACCUGGUAUUGUUUAUUUGUUAAAUUUUAUCCCAUUAGAAAGCAUUUUUAAAACUUUUCAAAAAAACCUCUUACAACAUUUGCUCCCUUAAUAUUAGUUAACGUUCAUACCUGUAAUGGGUUAAAUUGAACUUCUAUCCCUGCCACUUUCAUAUGAAAUCUGAAUUCCUACUACCUCAGAAUGUGACCAUAUUUAGAGAUGGGGCCUAUAAAGAGAGAUUUACAUUAUGUAGGCCCUAAACAAAUAAAACUGUUGUCUUUAUAAAAGGAAAUUAGGACAUGGACAAAAGACAGAACAGACACAUGCAUGCACAGAAAUGGUCAUGU